CAGCCGCGACGGCAACGAUCAAGCUCCUCCCAUGCAGCUGCGCCCGCGCGCACCCGUCCCCUACCGUCGUCCGCGCGGCAGGCUGGAUUUUUCGAUCGGCGAUCAUUCGAUUGCCGCCGACGCGCUCGUAAGGACACCAUGGCUCCUCGUCGCGUUGCCCUCGCCGCUCUCGUCGCCGCCUGCUGCAUCUAUUACGUCGCCGGCCAGCAGAAGUCCAUCGUGAACGUUGACGUUUACUACGAGUCGCUCUGCCCGGACAGCAUUUACUUCAUCACGAAGGAGCUGGGCCCGAUCUACGAUCAACUGAAGAGUGUCUUAAAAGUCAACCUCUAUCCCUUCGGCAAAGCCACGUGGGUCGCUGGAAGCAAAAACGAGUCGGCAGAGUUUACCUGCCAUCACGGGGCGAAGGAGUGCGAAGGCAACAUAGCCCAGGCGUGCGCCUUCGACGAGAUAAAAAGGUCGCUCGCGCCCGAGCUUCAGCAGGACAAACAAGUCAGAGUGGCCUAUUGCGCCAUGAACAAUCGCGGCUUCGCCGAGAACGUGCCUGCGUGCGCCGAGAAAAACGGACUGAGCAAAGAGUCGAUCGAGCGCAUCGCAACCUGCAUGAAGACCAAUCAAGGCAGCGAGCUUCUUGUUGCCAGUGGCGAGAAAACCAAAGCUUUCGAGUCGCCGCUCAAGAACGUGCCCGCCAUCGUUAUCAACGGAAUAAAGACGCAGGAAGCCACCAAGAAUUUCACCAACGUUAUCUGCGAACACGUCCCGAAGAGCGAGCAUCCGGAAAUUUGCACACGUAUCUAAAUCGAGUUUUGUGCCUCACGAUCGUUUGAUUGAUCGCAACAAUGUGAAUAUCGUAGGAGUGUUUUGCAACAUUGCGUUCACAAAGAUUGUGACAUGUAUUUUAUUAAAUGUUUGCAAUCGCAAUUAUUUUGGAAGUAGCGGCUCUGUUGCAUACCUUUUCAUUUGCCUACCAUCAAAUAAGAACGAACGGUAUGAGUCAGAGUUGUUAACUUGUACAAUUUAUGACCUUUUGGACCAAAAUGGAAGUUAUAAAUCACUUUUAAAAUAACCAAUUUAGCGUAUGAAAUUUACUUUACGUUGAUCACUGAACGUCAGUCUCUCAAUGAACGGUUGUUUACAUAAAUUACGAUUUCAAAUUUACUGAUGCGCUACACGCACUGCAGUGAUGCUAGCAUACCAUAGUUGACGGUCAAAGUGACUCAAAUCAUUUUUACGGAAAAAUAAUGUGUCUACUUCAGCCUAUCCGCUUAACAACUGAUUUUUAAAAUUAUUAAUGUUAUAUGAACAUACUAGAGCAACCGAUUUUUACUACUUAUGUAGCACUCAAAGUAUAAAGUGAAUAAGCGUUAUGGAAGUAUAAAUGGAACGAAUCCUAUUUAUAGCUUGAAAUAAUGUGAACUAAGAGGUUUUCUACGUAAGGAGACAUCGGACGAGUACCGAAAUUAUCAAGUUAAAAAACAAAACGUUUGUUUAAAAUCUAGGUGUGUCCGUGAUUGCACAGGAUGCGAGCAAUGAAAAAAGAAUGGAUCGACGACAUUAACAUUAUUAGUACAAUAACAUUUCAUUUAACUAUGUUUAUUCACCAUAGGAAAUGUUUGCUGACUAAUGUCUGAAGUCCGAUGUCUCCUUAUGUAGAAAGUCCUUAAAAGUUGAACCUGAGACUUUUUUCGUAUAUUCAUUUUUUUUACAUGGCUAAAAGAUAAUUUAAAUAGGGAAAAGCGAGAAAAGCGAUAAUGUUUAAAGUCUUCCAUAACCCUAUACAAAUAUACGCACAUAUAUCGGCGAUUCUUUGCGCCAUGACUAUUCGUCGGGAGAGAAAAAAUGACCGCCGAUAUAACAUUUUGAGAUCCACUUUACUCUAAAGUAAUUCGGAACCAAUCUAUGCAGGCGUUAUAUUAUGAAACCAUUUUGCAAUCGAUGUAAAUAUAACCAAAUUUAACGUUGUUAUAGAUUAUAUAACUUGAACUUUGAAGCUUCAUGAUUUUUUUCUGAUAAAAAAACCGCACAAAAUGAGCUCAAGUUGCUUUCGUGCAAAAUACGUAUCAAAAAGUAUUUCUCAU